AGAGUUGAGGGACCGGGUAACUACUUUGGCAAGUCUGUGCAGGAGUAUAGCGAAUUUAUCUAUGCUUGCGAAGCACUCUUCGAGCUGCAGCCUCGCACGUUCCGACGUGAACGUAAGAAAGUGGUAUAUGCUUCUACCAAGCUAAAGGGCAACGCGCAGGCGAACUAUAGGCGAUUCACGCGCGCUGUCCCUGGCGGCAGGGAUGCUAUCACCUGGGAGAUGUUUAAGGAACACCUCCUUGACCAAGUUCGUGACCUAGUCAACAGGGCAAGCGAAUUUGAACAUAAGUAG